AUGGCCCGGGAGCUGAGCCAGGAGGAGCUGCUGGACUUCCUGUGCCAGGCCGGGGGCCGGGUCACCAACGCCGCCCUACUGGGCCACUUCAAGCACUUCCUUCGAGACCCCAGUGCGGCUCCCGGCCAGCUGCAGCAGCGCCGCGAGCUCUUCAAGAGCUUCGUCAACUCCGUGGCCGCCGUGCGCCAGGACCCCGACGGCACCAAGUGCGUGGUCCUCAAGAAGAGGUACCGGGACCUCGUGGGGGAGGAAGGGCUGCGCGGCCACCGCGGCUCCCUGCCGGCCACAGAACCGCCUCAGCAGCAAACGCCGCGGUCCCCGCGAGCCCCAGCUGCCUCCCCAGGCAGUGUGCGGCCGGCGCCGCGUCUGCGGCAGCAGCCCCAGUCCCAGCAGCAACCCCCGUCCCAGCAGCAACAGUCCCAAACCCAGACUGAACCCCAGCCUCGUCUCCAACCGCAACCUCAGCCUCACCUGUAUCAGCCCCGGCCCCGGCCCCAGCAGUAUCAGCAACAGUCCCAGCCCCAAGAGCAGCAGCCCCAGCGGGCCAGGAGGCAGCCGAGGGAGAAAGAAUCAGAGACUGAGCCUGCAGGUGCCAGAACUCCAGCCUCAGAAACAGAAUGCAAUGGACUCUGGCCCAGGACCGCGGAUGCUCCAGAGUCCACCGAAACUGGGAGAAGGAGAGGGGGAGGCCGCAGCUGCAGUCCGAAGAGGCUGGGAGAGGAAGCCGCUCCCGCCUGCCUUGUACCCCAGGCUAGGGUGCGCUGCACAGCGGAAGGGGCUCUAGGUGGCAGCUGCUGGGAAUGUGCCCAGGAUAGCCCAUUGGGUCGUUGGACGGAGCCACUCCUCCUCUCACAUGGCAGCCCUCCUUUGGAAGAACAGCAGGCCCUGGAGCCUAGCUCUGGGCGACCACUUGAAGGCAUUCUGAAUUCUAGCUCCAGAUUGUCCCCCCAGCCCUCUCAGGUGGCUACUGCCCUGCUUCCCCCUCAGGAAACCUGCAGGGCAUCAGUAACUAGCCCUUCCUUGGCAUCCCCACUUGUUUUCCCUGGGGAUGGGUCAGGACUAUUGACCCGAAGUGGACCACAUUCCUAUUCAGUCCAGCAGCAGCAACGCACUAGAGAGUGGGUGGCCAACCACUCCCAGCCCUCCCUAGGCAGUGUUGCCGAAAGGACACACCAAGGUCCCAGCCGGUCUUGGUGUGUGCUACCAGAGAACUUCCCCCAGCUGCCCAACAACUGGAGCCUCCUUGCCUCAGAGAAGUUGCCACCUCCUCUCUCUGCUUCCUCUCUUCAGUUAUCUGCUGGGUCUUCCAUAUUUCGGAGCAUCCGUUGUCAACUGGACCUCCAGGAUCUGGAGAACUUUGUGGAAGAGGAUAGCCAUGACAGUGAGGAAAGUACCAGUGGCCCAAGGGAAUCUCCAGGGGAGCUAGAGGAUACUCCAAAGGUUUCCUUAGAAAAUGGAGGACAGGAAGAUCCCAGCACUCAACCUGGGCAUUUUAUCAAAUCUCAACAGGAAAAUAUUUUUCUCAAUAAAUCCCAGGGACUCAUAUUUCGAAAUGGUCACUCCCUUCAACAUAUCCCAGGAAGAGCAAAUGGUCCUGUUGUUAUUUCAACCAAAACAUCCAGAGACUCCUUUAUCCAGCCUCAAGACUCCAUGCCCUGGCCAAUUCCCAGGCUAAAGAGAUCUCUGAGGAGAAGUUCCAGGGCAGGGAGGGACAAAAUCUCCUCUUCUGAUGAGGAGUUGCUAGAUGAGGACUUGGUAAAGAGGAACCGUCGACCACCCAGAUCGAGAAAGCUGUCUAGGGUGGGAGCAGUGCCCUGUCCAAAGGUGGAUGCCCCUUUGGCCCUGAUGCAAACAGACCCCAAGGCUUUAUCAGAGCAAAGACUGGUAGAUAAUGCGCCUUCUGUCUUAGUUUCACUCAGACCUUCUGUGCAUAAAUCCUCCUUAGUGCCCCUUGACUCAAGAGAACAUGAAUGGAUUGUGAGACUAGCCAGUGGCUCCUGGGUACAGGUGCUGACUCUAUUUUGGGAGGAUCCCCAGCUAGCUCUUCGAAAAGACUUUUUGACUGGGUAUACUGCAUUGCACUGGAUUGCCAAACAUGGAGAUCUCCAGGCCCUUCAGGAUUUGGUCAAAGGAGCCCAAAAGGCAGGGAUCAUCCUUGACAUGAAUGUGAGGUCCAGCUGUGGGUAUACCCCACUGCACCUUGCUGCCAUCCAUGGGCACCAGAGUAUCAUCAAACUUCUGGUGCAGAGACUGGAGUCUUCGGUGAAUGUUCGGGAUAGCAGUGGGAAAAAGCCUUGGCAGUAUUUGACUAGCAAUACCACUGGGGAGAUAUGGCAGCUUCUUGGAGCCCCUAAGGGGAAGCCCAUUUUCCCAGUUUAUUCCUUGGUUAGAAGUUCUUCCCCAACCAGGAGGGCCAAGAACCACGAUAUAUCAAGGAACAUAAGCAGAAAGACUUCCUUUGCUGCGUUACUCAAAAGCCAUCACAGCAGAUGGAAAAUGGCCCACCAAUAUGACAAAUUCCGCUCAUCUGGGGAGAGAGAAGAUUAUAGUGACUGA